AUGGCGGACCCCUAUUUCAUGGGUAAAUGCAUUCAAAGCGGAGUGGAGUCGGCUAAUAAGGUGGUAGAAAAGUCAUUUCCAUCCGAGGCUGUGGGCGUGGUCGCUCGAAUUGAUGGGAAAAUUCAGGUCGUAGAGUACAGCGAAAUCAGCGUGGAAACAUCGGAGCAACGAAAUCCCGAUGGGAAAUUGGCUUUCCGAGCCGGAAACAUUUGCAAUCACUUCUUUGCCGUCGAUUUUUUGAGCCGAGUCUGUUCAGAUGAGAUAUUGAAGGCCUUACCCGAGCACGUGGCCAAAAAGAAGAUACCCCAUAUGAAAGAUGGACUUCUUGUCCAACCGACUGAGCCCAACGGAAUCAAAUUGGAGAAAUUCGUUUUCGAUGUGUUCCAAUUCUCUACAUCGUUCCUUGUUUGGGAAUGCCGUAGGGACGAGGAAUUCAGUCCUCUGAAAAAUGCCGACGGCGUUGGUAAGAAGGACACGCCCACGACAGCGAGGGAGGCAGUUUUCACCUUACAUCGUCAAUUUGUUGAGAGAGCCGGAGGGAAAGUGGUGUGUCCUGCGGCCUCAAAACAAAAUUCAGCCGUGGUGUGCGAAAUUUCACCUCUAACUUCGUAUGCGGGAGAAAAUUUGGAACCUUUGGUUGAGGGUCAAUCCCUCGAAGCUCCGAUCUGCCUAUAA